UUUGCGCGAAUCGCCGGAGCGUACGUUAGUGAUUUCCAAGGGUGGGCCACGCUUCAGAUAUGGCCCAGACUUAUAAUCAGAAGAAAAAUGUGUACAGCAUCGAUCAAAUACUGGGUCACGGCAAGGACGAAGACCACGCGACGUCGUCGGAUGCUGUGGUCGAUGGUGGCGAUAUGGAGCUCGGUCACCUGAGCGAUCAUCAGAUUAACGACGCGCUGCACGAUCCCUUGAACCUGGGCGAAUCUGACCGGCCGCGUAAGGUGCGAAGAUCGCGCACGACUUUCACGACCUAUCAGCUGCAUGAGCUCGAGAAGGCCUUUGGGAACACGCAGUACCCGGACGUGUUUACCAGGGAGGAGCUGGCGAUGAGACUGGAUCUUUCGGAGGCCAGAGUACAGGUGUGGUUUCAAAAUCGUCGUGCAAAGUGGCGCAAGAAGGAAAAGGCCUUAGGCAGAGAUACGAGUUUCAUGCACGUCGAGCAAGGCGGUGUUAACGAGUUGUCCCUUCACGCGCGGCUGCUGCAAACGGCCAGCGGCGUUCCCGGCGCGGACUCCUCGGGUCCGCCGACAGGCGCGUUCCCUUGGUUUAUACCUCCGGUAUUCCCGUCGCCCUGGCCACCGAGCGCGCCUAAGCUGCCGCCGUUGCAUGCCCUCCUGUCGCAAUACAUUGGUCUGCCGUUGCCGCAGAACCUGGCGUCCCUAGGCACGAUGCUCCCGGUCGGCCUGAAUCCGAGUUCGUCGCUGAACCACAGCAGCGUCAACGGCCACUCCCUGGGCGGCCACGGGCUGCACGGGCAUCCCCUGAAUCUCGGAGUGCAGAGCAUACCGCAGAACCUAAGCUCGAAGAACGACAGGGAGGAGGACUCGGCGUCAUCCGACGACGAGAUCAGGAAGCAGAGCGCGGAGGUGUUGAGAGUGAAGGCGGAAGAGGCGUUACGCAAGGCGGACAAUUAA